AAGGAAUCGGACGAUCAUGAAACGCAAAUCGACAGUGAGGGCCCGAAGGCGGUGAGGCACGUGACAGAAAACUGCCCUUGCGGCUAGCGACACUUUACCGUUUCGAGCUUCCCACCAUUUGAAAACUUCUCCGGACUCCGAGAUCCAGGUCGACCGCAACAACAGCAAUUAAAGAUGUCUUUCCGUGGAGGCCGUGGCGGUUUCGGUGGCCGUGGAGGUCGCGGAGGUUUCCAGCAACCUCUCGGUCCCCCUGCCCAAGUUCUGGAGAUGGGAACUGUCAUGCAUUCUUGCGAAGGCGAGAUGGUUUGCGAAUCGAUCAACCCCAAGAUUCCCUACUUCAACGCCCCCAUCUACCUCGAGAACAAGACCCCUAUCGGCAAGGUCGAUGAAGUCCUGGGCCCUAUCAACCAGGUCUACUUCACCAUCAAGCCCCAGGAAGGAAUUGUCGCAACCUCCUUCAAGCCUGGUGACAAGGUCUACAUUGGUGGCGACAAGCUCCUUCCCUUGGAGAAGUUCCUUCCCAAGCCCAAGCCCGCUCCCGGUAUGAUUUCACUCGCUUCGCGCAACAAUCCAAUGUGCUUGAUCCUAACCAGAAUGCAGGUGCUGCCAAGCCCAAGAGAGCUGGCGGUGGUGCCCGAGGCGGUCCCAUGCGCGGUGGCCGUGGUGGUGGCCGUGGUGGCCCCAUGCGUGGUGGUCGCGGCGGCGCUCCCAGAGGACGCGGUGGCCCCCGCGGUGGUGGCUUCCGUGGUGGUGGCGGUGGUGGUUUCGGCGGUGGUUUCUCGAGGGGUGGUGGCAGAGGAGGUCCUCGUGGUGGAGGCUUCCGAGGACGGUAGACAGUCUCUGUCUUGCCUGGUAGUACUGUCUUCUUACGGCGUUAUGGGAAACGGGAGCUUUUACAGGAAUUUAUUUGUCUCUAUAUUCUUGUGCAUCCUAGGAAAAAUUUGCUGGUUCUCUGUACGCAGAGGCUGUCGUGAAUCUCAGCCAUCCAAUUCAUGUAUUGCUACGAUCGAUUAUGCGAAAUAUUGUUCUUUCAUUAUUUGUUCCAGGUCUUCGAAGAAGCCGUAAAAUGCUUAUAUGACUGGAUGGCAAAUGUGGCGCAGUAACUUUUUCAGCGAUGGUCUAGAGUGGCUUGUGACCGCGUGUGGCGCAUGGCAACACCGCCUUGCAAUGACGUCUGGCCACGCUUGUGCCGUAGAAUCUGUGCGCCUG